AUGAUCAAGGAAGACAGAAUCCCAAAGGACGUGCACGGAAUCGAGGAAGUCAAGGGAAUUCUGGAGAAAGGAGACGAGUUCAUCACCCCUAAGUUAGAGGAUCCAGGUAGUUUCGUUAUACCAUGUAAGAUAGGAAAUAAGAUUAGUUGUGAUUGUCUAGCCGACUUAGGAGCUAGUAUUAACCUGAUGCCUUGGAGCAUGUACACUAAGUUAAGUAACGCUGCACUGGAAACCACCAUGAUGACUAUUAAGUUAGCAGACCAGACAUUUCAACGUCCUUUAGGAAAGACCCGUGUAGUGAUAGUAACCGUAGGAGACCUACAUUUUCAGGCAGAAUUCGUAGUUAUGAACAUACCGGAAGAUAAGAAGGUACCAAUAAUAUUAGGAAGACCUUUCCUUAACACAGCCAAAGCAGUAAUAGAAGUAGCAGAACGUAGGAUUACCAUAGGAAAUGGUAGGAGGAAGCUUAGUCUAACCAUGGAAGGAGACCCAGACCUAGGAAAAGAUGAUAUAGGAGUUUGUACUAAAGAAGUGGAAAUAGCAAAAGUAGAUAGUAGAGCAAAUCAUGAGAUAGAGGAAGUCUUAGGUAUAGGAUCACCAGAAUGUCCAUGGGAUUUAGGAGAACUUGAAGUAGAUGAAUUUGAUGGAGCCUUAGUACAAACACCCAAUAACCUAGUUACCUCUUUAGAAAAACCACCAACUGAUCUUGAAAUGAAGCCGUUACCGCCAGGAUUGGAGUAUGCUUACCUCUAA